AUGUCGACUCAAUCAGGGUCGCCAUCGUUGUUAUCGCGGGAUGGAGGUAAGACGAAGCAGCGGUCAAGGCGACAAAAUGCGAACAAGCCAUCCGCGAAAAAGAAAAACGAGAAGCAGCAGUUGUUGUUUGACUCCGUGGCUGAAUUGCUGAACCGUCAGUGGUGUAUUGAUCAUAUCAAUCAUUCAUCGUUUCAUCUUUCGUCUGAACGACAACACUAUCGUCCCUAUUCCUCUGCUCCUUUAUCGCUUCCCAAACACGAACCCUAUCAGAGCGCGAACGCUGAGUCGUCGCAAGAAGAACAAGCCCGCCGCAGCCGGAGCGAUGGAGGAAGCAGACCAACGACGCUUGUGAACUCGAUCAGCAAUCCUCCAUCCAGUCGAUCUUUACCAUCCCAUCAUGAAUACAAUUCCGAUUAUCCAAACCAUUCUGAUCUAUCCCGUGAGCGAACCCAGCGACCACAAAUAAGCACCAGCGUGGAUAUCGCCGCACCAGACGCAUUCCAAGACGACGAUAUACGAAAACUAAUAACCCGACUCGCUGCACAAUACGGCCAUGUUUCACACAUGGGAUUGCUAGACCCGAGCUAUAAAUUCUUCGUCAAUGGUUCCCGGACGGGCGUGUUGUCGUAUAAGCUCCAGAACCAGGUUGCUAUAGUCACUGGGGACCCGUUAUGCGAUCCGGCAAUUUUGGGAGAUAUCCUGCAUGAAUUCAAGGUAUACAGGAAGCGACGGCGCUGGGGGAUAGUCAUCAUGGGUGCGAGCGAGGUAUUCAUGAAAUACGCUCGGCAGCGCGGGUGGACGGCGAUGCAGUUCGGUGUUGAACGGGUCUUGAAUCCAAUGGAUAACGAAAUUCUCCUGGAACGACAUGGAAAGAGGAUCAUAACGCAAAACAAGCACCUCCUAGACCCCCAAAAAGGAGGAAUCUCACUAGGCAUAUACAUACCCUCCGUUCGAACCGACCCAAUACUCCAACGCGAGUUAAUGGAAGUAUACGACUCCUGGCGCCACAUGCGCAGCGAAACCGCCCGCGGCAAAUCCCAAGCCUUCAUAACAAUAUACGACCCCUUCUGCCUCCCCGACCUCAUGAUCUUCAUCUACGCGCGUGGUGCCAACGGUGCAGCAUUGGGCUUCGCAGCCCUCCGUCGCAUAUGCGAUUCCCGCGCGUACCACCUCGACCCCUGCGUCGCGGCACCCUGGUCACCUAAGGGCGUCAGCGAACUCCUAACGUACACUUCAAUGAUAUUGCUCAACCAAAUGAACAUAUUCUCGCUAAGUUUCGGAUACGAACCGCUCCAGUCACUGGGUGAGAUGAUGGGUAUCCCUUCCGGGAUAGAAAAAGUCAUUCGACAUGUGCAUCAUUAUACAUUUCGACGGCUACCGCUGGCCGGGAAGAAGGCAUAUCAUGAUAAAUUCCGGCCGGAUGAGAGACAGGAUGCGGGAGUUUGGUUGGUGUUUCCGGGAGGCGUGCCUGGGUUGAGGCAGGUGUUUGCUGUGGCUCAUGUGGCGCAUAUUAGUAUACGGAAGUUGGCGUGGCCGGAGGGGAGGAAGGGGAAGACAAGGGAUGGGGCGCGGAAGUGUGUUGCUGAGAAGAUGGAGCCGAGUUGA